GUGCCGCGGACAACGUUGAACGUGUCGGAAAUUCGGUCCUCUUGUUGUGAAUUAGAAGAUUUCCCAGUGAUGUGCUAAGGAUGAGCUUGAUUCAGGAUAGUCAGAGAAUGCAACCAUACAGUCCACAGCAGCAGCAUCAGCAGUCGAAUCAAUCUCCAUCGGAAGUGAACUAUUUCCAACCGUUUUUGUUUCCACGAAGUCCUGUUGCGCCGAUUUCGGGAAUUGUAGGCGGUAGUGAGUUCCAGAUUCCGCUGGAUUUGUCCCUCCGACAGGGGAAUGUGCCCAUGACUCCUCCGUCAACUCCGUCUCCACCACGGAAGCGAAAUCGCACUUUCGAUGAGGAUGAUUGGAAACUCAAACUGGUCAACAGCAGUCUUCAGCGCUCCAUGAAUCAGUUCUCGGACACAGUCUGCAUCGACGACAAGAAAUACUACGCCAACACAACCCUUACAUCUAGCUCCACUUCCCAUUUCCGCUACUUUGACGACUCUGCUCGCUUGCCACCGUUCAAAUCCCUCCAACAGAUUCCCUCCACUUCCACCUCGGAUGCCAAACCACCAGAUGAGUUCAUCGACAUCACCGGCCAAGAGGACUCAGCCUCCGUCUCGCGCCAAUCCCCGUCCUCGAACAUCGACGUCGAAUCCCUGGAGAACAACGGUGCCCUAGAAGACGCAGACAUCGAUGAAGGCGACGACGACGAUGAUAGUCAGGAAUCGAUCAACAUUGUCGACAGCGAGAAGGAGAACAGCGAAGCCGUACUCGUUGACGGUCAGCGUUACUUUGAGAACGAGAAGCUGCACCUCCAAGCGAUCGAAGGCUUCGCUCGGCUCUUCGAGCAAAGCUUCGUCGAAUAUGACCGUCCUUCGCCGCAGAAAUCCCACCCAACAGGAAAAUCUUACUCCCAUCAUCGUCCCAAGACGGAGCGACGGCGAAUCAAGACGCGGAAGCAGAUCGUGGACGAAGACAACACAAGUCCCGUAUCGGGGACCAUCAUUCGCAAGUUGCAGGACGGCGAAGAACUCGUAGUUCGCAAAGGGGACAUCGAUCCGGCCUUUAACGUGGUGGAAAUAACGGACGAAGCCAAGGAGAUACUGUCGAAGAUCGAGAACAAGAUCGGGUCGUAUCUGUGUCAGUUGUGCAGGGCGUUGUAUGACGAUGCGUUUGGGUUGGCGCAGCACAGGUGUUCGAGGAUCGUGCAUAUUGAGUAUCGGUGUUCCGAGUGUGAUAAAGUGUUCAACUGUCCGGCGAACUUGGCGUCGCAUAAGCGAUGGCAUAAGCCUCGUGGGGGAAGUGUGGGUACGGGUGCAGUGGAGGGAAAGAAGAAGAGUGGUGGAGUCAGUGGAGGGGAGGGAAGUGAUAAGACGAAGGAUGACGAGUGCAUAGAGAUUAUGGAUAAUGACGGUGCUAGCAGUGAACGAGGAAGGCCGGCGGAUGUUCCCGAAGAAAGCUAUGGAUGCAAUCAUUGUGGAAAAAGUUUUAGACGUCAAAGUUACCUGAAAAAACACCUCCAGUCACACCAAACGGGGCAUGAUCCAUCUGGUCGCCAGAACGGUUCCGGCCCCGGUCUGAUCAACGCCGCAGCCACAAUAGCUCACCAGAAUGCAGCCGCGGCAGCGGCAAUCUUCUGCGGUCAUACCGGUCACCACACGAUAGCACCCGGCGCAUCGGUCCCAGCAACCCAUGCUCUUUCUGGGGCAUUCCCUAGAAACGGCCUGUUUCCGUUUGCUGCCGCCGCCGUUGCCUAUGGAAACUAUUCCGGUGCGAAUUACUCCGAGGUGGAAAAGCGACGCUGGCAGUCUCUUAGCGAACUCUAUCUUCAACAACGGGAACGCCUGUCUGCCUUCCAGUAUGUCCGUCACCAUCAGUACGAAGAUUAUCUGAAGAGCUUUCAACCGUUCCACUUUGGCCGGGACAAAACCUGACAGAACGUCCUGCGGCCAGUACCGCGUCUAGCGGCACCCAUCUGGUCGCAGCACAGCAGCCAAUCGCAACCCAGCGCCGUCUCCACAGCAACCGAACAGCCUACUGGGACGGCCAAUGUGGCCGAAUACGGUGCACCUCACCCGAAUGCGUCGCCUACUGAGCAUGCAGCAGCGACACCGACGGCUGCCGCCCGCAUCAUAGACCACGUGGGACACCACAGAGGUUAUGAACAGCGCUUGGAUUGAAGAUGACCGUGUGUAGAACAAACAAAAACGUGACAUGUGUAGAGCUAAAUUAGUUACGCCGUUAUAGAGAUCAUCCCUCUCACUCGUUGUCCAACAAAUAUAAACGAAUUAGACGCUCUUUUGAACCAAAGUGCGAUUGUUUAGGAAUUUCCCAUAGGACUAUAAGACUUUUGUUUCGAUUUUCAAAAGCAAAUCUUUCCCUUGUUUUAGUUACAAGCAUGGGCGUAGCCAGAAUUUCGAAGAGGGGAGGGGUUGAGUGACUUCAAACGUCAUUAAUGGAACACCUUCAGUGUUUAUUUCUUACAAAAAAGGCAACGAGGGUCUCUAAGAAUGGCCUGACGAAAUUUCUCCAAGAAACGUUGUAAGAUCUUUUAAUUCAACAUCCUGAAUCAUUUCUAGUAUAAUCUGGAAAGGAAAGCUAACAAUAGAAACAGGUGAAACCCAUACACAAAUUCCAAUUAUCGAGGUAUUAUACAGACUUUUUUUGAAGAAGUUGUAAAGCUAUUUUUGAGGAAAUUUCCAAUAACAUUUUAUAAAUCACUUUUCGUUCCCACUAUUGCCAUUAUAGUGAUAGUAAGAACUUAUAUCCUAGUUGAUUUUGUUUUUUCGUAAAUCUCUUUGCUACGCCCAUGGUUACAGAGCAAAAGGCAACCCCAGACCGUGUUACGUAUACGAUAUUACGCGUUUAGUAAAAGUGAAACGAAAUAUGUACACACACAUAUCGUAGAGGAAAC